AUGCUUGCCGCGUGUGUAUCGUUUUAUUUGUCUGUGCCUGCCCUUUUUCCUCUCUUUUCCUACACAUACUUCUCUUUAUUUACCAUCACGAAUUUCGACGCGAUCGAACAAAGAAGAAAUAGAAAAGUAGCGAAGGGAGAGAGAUAGAAAGAAGCUUCGCAAGAAGGAAGAAAUACGGGUCUCGUCACGACCGCCCCACAAACGUUGCGUCGUUCAGUGAUUUGUUUUGACAUGUGUGCAUAGGCUGCCAUAUUGGAUUAUAGAGCAUCGUAGCAUCCUGGUGAAGGAAGAUUGAAAUGAUUUGCGCGUCCUAAGGAAAAUUGAAGGGAGCAUACACCAAAGCUCAAUUAUGAAUCCUGAGACGAUGAUAGCGAGUCAUAGUUAAGUGCAAAUACCCCACUGUGGAAUGGACGAGCAGAUACGAAUAGACAAAUAAAAAGUAGAAGAGAGUUUGUGAGAGACCAAGAAAAAAUGGAAGGAGAAAAAUUAGCAGAGUAAAGAAUAUGGACUAAAAAGAAAAGCGAAAACGAAAAAUAUCUUAUAAAGAAGGGUAGAAGCAAUGCGUUUAUUGGAUUUUCGCCAUAAAACGCAUUGUACAUACUAUACGAUGGAUGUACUUCAGGAUCGAUUUCGAGUCAAAGGACAUCAAAACGUAUAUGAAAUUUUCAUCAAGUAUAGGUGGAACGGUCGAUGUCUAAUGGCGCGAGCUGGAACGCAGCGCUGGAGAAAUCCUGCUCCAGAAGGUGACGAUGUACAACGAUCGAUCGAGUUACUGGACAAAGUGCUCUCAGAGUACGACGAGCACGAGGCAGAAAGCGAAGUCGGCAGUGGUGGCGGCAGUGGCGGUGGCGGUGGCGGUGGCGGUGGCGGUGGCGGUGGCGGUGGCGGUGACGACGGUAGCGGAGGUGGCACCAGUGGAGGAGGUGGUGCUGGUGGAAACGAAGUCGUUGGCGACGAAAGAGGUGAAGGUAUCGUCGGCGGUUUCCUCGGAGGUUGUGGUAGCAGUACGGAACCCAGUAUUGGUCUUACACCCGACGACGAGAGUCCGUCUUUAGGACAUCAAUCGGAAGAUGACGGUUACAUGAGUAUGAAUGGACGGAAAGCGAAAAUGGCAUUGGUAGCAUUACGUCCGGUUCCGGAUUGCCCGGAACCACAAGACUCGGCGGGAUUACCAUCACAGGAAUUUCCUCCGCCUCCUGAAGAAGCAGAACGCAUCAUUUCGACUCUUUUACCUAUAGUCUCCCCCGGAAACUCGUCAAAGAGAACAAGCCAAUCGUCAGAACGGCGAAGCAACCGACAGCAAUGGAUGAUAGCAAUGGAGGAUAGCAUGCGGCACGGAAACGCGGUUACUACACAAACGACUCUUCCCAAGACCCGGCAUCAAAGGCCGUACGGAUGGAAGAACGGUAACGCUGAAAUGGGCCGAAUAAAACGUGAAUCUAGCUCGAGUCCACCGAGCAAGUUCGCGAGCUUACCAUAUGAUGGUAAGGUCUCUUUCAAUUGGAUCCCACCGCGGACGAAUCCAUGCACUAUCGAGAAGCAUCGCGAAGUAAGACGUCGUUCCUCGGAGGAACAUCUCGAGAGGGAUCGUCGUCGCAAAAACGCCGACAAGGAUCGGACGUCUCAUUUGCGAAAACAGAGGCAAAACGAGAUUAUGAAAUCGAGUAGCGUCGAGGAUAGAUUACUGAUGAAUCAUAAUUACAGUCACAAUCGUAAUCAUAGAGGAGGAGAGGGAGUUGGCAGCAGUAUCGGUGGUGGUAGCAAUGGUGGUGAUGGCAGCGGCGACGGCGGAGGAGGACAAGAUAUCGGAGCUAGACGACGAAGAAACGACUCGGACUCAAGCGAGGGUAGAUUUUCGAGAAACUCCGAGUCCGAAAGAUCCUCGAUACCUCGCUCGAGCUCGGUCAGCGUUGAAAGGUUCUCCAUGAGGGCAAAUUGCGACUCCUCAGACUUUUCUAGGGCCAACUCGACCUCGAACGAAAGAUUCCAUUCGGACUUCUCGAUAGCCGUAGCCAGUGCUAGCUCAAACGACCACGUAUCCAUACCCACCUCCGAUCCCUUUUCUAUUAGAAACCUCGACUUUGUGUCAUUUUCAUUGCCACGAGCAGAUUCGAACGAAAGAUUCUCAGGGCGCACAUCCGACAGAUGCUCGGAAGAACGUUACUCCGAUAUGUUCUCGACGAGGAAUUCGGAUUUUUCAACGAGAAAUUCGACCGAUUUUCGGACUCAGUCCGAGGAGGAACGCUUUUCAGACGAUUCCUUAGAGGAACUCUUACCUCCACCACCAUCCAUCAGCAAGAGACACUCGAUCGCUUGGGAAGUCUCGCUCGAAGACGACCCUCUUUAUGCACCCGGUAGCACCAAGGUCGUCGGUAGGAGACGUCGAAAGAGCAGCGACGUUUCUAGCGUCGGAUCGGCGUCGAAAUUUCGUGAUUUUGAUGACUGGCAAGAUCCACGGCUCUCGACGACAGACGACGAUCUGGUUUCGCCAUACUCGGACUCCUCAACGAACGAUUUCGAUCAGAUUCGUCCGCAAAAUCUGACCAAAAACGGUACUUACGUAAUACGACGAGGUCGUAAAAAGGAACGAAAGGUCCUGCCGAAGACAGCGACGAAAACGAAGAGCCUGUCCUUUGAAAACGCCGACGACAAUCGACUGUCGGACGUGAAAAGAUACUCGAGCACGUUUGACAAUAUAAAAAGUCUCCUAAAAGAGAAUAAGCUGGAUACUAGAAAAAGACGAUUGUCGGAGGACAAAUCAGAGAAUCUCGUCGAAUUACCAAGUGAAUUUGCAGAAAUCGUCCCACCUCCGGAUCUCAUUAGAGUUGUUUCCCUUCUGACCAUAAACAACGACAAUAAUAACAAUACCAGCAGCAACGAUGAGGAGGAAGAGGAAGAAGAAGACGAGGACGAGAACAACGAUCGAGCAGCUCAUCUCAACAUAAUGAUCGAAGAGGAAGAAACGUCAGAAAAAUUAUUCAGCAAAAUGAAAGAACGUCCGAUGGGCGAAAUUUCUCACGAAAAGCUACCAUCGAAUUUUUCGAUAAAUAAAGAUUCAACGGAUCUGGACAUUGAUAGAGAUAGAGAAUGCAACGGUGGUAUUCCACUUUCUAUUUCGGCAUCAAAAGCUUUAGAUAUCGGUAAGCCAAUCGAUUUUCUCCUCGAAGAACGAUCAAAGAAACUCAUGAGUUCGAGCAAUGAACGGCUGUCCUCGAAAAUACCCGUUAAUCUUUUGAUCGAAGAUCAAAUCGUGAAAAAGGCUCUUAACGAAAAUCGUAGACAAUUGGAAAAGGUCAGCGACGCCAUAAAAGAGAUCGAAAACGUUAAGAACAGCGAGUCCUAUUGCGAGGGCAAGCGAUGGAAAAAUGGCGACAUUAGAGCUUCUUCUAGAAGAAACAGUUACGAAAACGAUUCUAUCGAAAAAACGAAUCGGAAGACGCUAGGCAGUCCGUAUGAGCCGAGAAACAGAAAACAACAGAGUUCCGAUUCGGAAACUUCCAAGAUGAGCUCCGAGAGUGAUUUUGAUCGACGAAAAGCAAAUGGAACGGACAUUUACGCGUCCGGUAGGAGGUUGAGACAAAAUGGCAUUGAUAGUCACAAAAAUAAUCAGAAACAAAUCGAGCACGUAAUCGACGCCAUACUCGAGGACUCAAAAAAUCCUAACUUUCAGGUCAACGUCGAAGUGCUCGAGUUUCCACCAUUGCCGCCGUCACCGGUGGAGGAAGCGGACGAGGAAAACUCAGACGUUGGACAAAAUGCCGUAAUCAGCACCAGGUCGAAAAGUCACGGUAACAGAACGAUGGAGUAUAGACCACGGGUGCCACCGCAUCGUGGCCAAAUCGUCGAUGUCAAAGAUCAUCAAACGUCGCUUAAUACGAGAUCAAUGGAUGCCGGAUUCUCUCGUGGUAGACGUACACCGACCGCCGGCAAUUCGAGAAGAGAGGUGCCGGUGGAGAGAAGGACCUUACCGACGGAUUUACCAGGACCGUCGUCGAGACGUCGUCCUUUCGCAAAGAGACACUCGCCCUCGGCAGAUGGUUGCUCCUCAAACGUUGCAGGCGCCAACGGCGAUAUCAACGGCGGUGCUAACGAUGGUGUCAAUGGCGGAACUAACAGCGGAACCACGACAAACGCCGUUGCGUCUAGCGGAACGGGUAUGCAAACCUCCUGCUCUCUACCAGAAACCCCGGUCUUUGCCAGAGGCAGCGAUAUUCCACGAACACCACAACAUGCCGGGAAUCAGGCACAAACACGCCGGCAACCCGGUUGGUAUGCCCCGACGACGGCGACCACUGGGUAUCGAAGGAACAAUCCUGGUCUGGAACAGGCGAUAAUUGGAACGGAAUUGCUCCGACUGGCGGGUGGACCAAAUCGAGGAUGGUAUCCAACGAGAAAAGUGAAUCAACCGCGACCUGCUUCAAUCGAGCAUCUUGAGCGGCUAAACAACGCUUACGAUGCACGCUUACCGAGCGGUGCCGAUCAGAGGAAACCGUUAACCCUGCCGACGAACAUCACACCCAACAAAUACUUCGGCCAAAGUAAGCACAGCUCCGCGUCCAGCACUCGCGAGGCGCUACGGAGGGUCACUAGCUUGCUCAUCAAGAAAGGGAGUAGCAGUAAAGAUGGAAAAAGUGGUAAAGAUAACGCUUUACCUUCGGGUCCUUAUGCCGCCGCGGAGAGUGGCGAGGCGCCAAAGAAGAAGGGCUUUUUCAAAGGUUUCUGGAAAAGAUCACGACAUUAUUCAUUGGAGAACCAAUAGCCCAGGUGUGGCAGGAUAAUCAGUGUCCGGCAACGACAGAGACAA